AUGAAUGAUAGAGAUCGCUGGGGUAACAUUAUUGGUAGUCAUACACUUGUCCGUUGUACAUUCCUCGAUCCACGAUUCAAAAACAUUCCGUUCACUGAAAAUCACCUACAAAUAAUUAAAAGUGACAUUAUAGAAAGAACUGCAUCAAUUAUAUCAGCCAAUAGAUCAGACAAUGAGGUGCAACGUACUUUACAGACUACUACUGCUUCAGAAAAUGAACAAGGGUUUUCAAUUUGGAGUUCCAUCGAUUCAAAAGUGUCCCAAAUUCAACCUACAGGGACCAACACAUCAAGGGCUAUUAUAGAGGUACAAAGGUACUUAGAAGAUGACGUACAGAACCGCCACACUGAUGCAUUAAAAUGGUGGAUGGAUAAUAAUUAA